GGUGGCCCCGCGCUGUUUUGUGGGCGUCGCGUCUAGCUAGGACAGAGAACGCGGGGGGUCGCCGCGGAGCCCCGGCGCCCGCUUCGUGUUCCACCUGUGCGGGAUCCGGAGCUCGGCCAUGGAGCCGCACAGAUCACCUUUGUUGGAAGUAAAGGGGAACGUAGACCCGAAGAGACCCCUGCUCAAGGCCAAUUCUCGGCUGCCACUCUCAGGAAGCCGGCUUAAGAGGAAGCUAAACCAGAUGGAGAAUAACUUGGAGCCUCAGAAGAAAAGGAUUCGAGGCUUGGACACAGCUACCAAAGUGGCCACGUCCCGUCCCAAAGCACCCGUCUUCUCAGUGCCCCAGACACAAGCAGCUCCUAAGGUCCCAAAGAAGAUGACUGGACCCCGGUGUUCCACAGUGUUAAAGACUCAGAAGCCGGGUCCUGCUGAUCCUGCCCAGAAGCCCAGCACUACCGCCCCUCCUGCAGCAGGAGGGAAGAGACCCGGCAAGCGUCCGGCCUGGGACUUAAAGGGCCAGCUAUGCGACCUCAAUGCAGAGAUGAAGGGCUGCCGAGAAAAGAUGAAGGCCUUGAACCAGGAGAACCAGCAGCUCCGGGAGCAGCUCAGGGAUGCUCAGCAGCAGGCCACAGCCCUGGGUACGGAGCGCAGCAGCCGAGAAGAGGAGUUGGCCCAGGUGCGAGCCCAGGCAGAACAGGGCCAGCAGGAGCUGGGGGUCCUGAAGGCUCGAGUCCUGGAGCUGGAAGAGUGUCUGGGCACGCAGGAGCGCCUGGUGCAGGAGCUGCAGAAGGAACAGCGGUGCUUGCAGGAGGAGCGGAGCACACUGGCCGCUCGGCUGGACGAGCAGGAGAGGAAGCUGCAGGCAUCUGAAGCAGCCCUGUUGGGCAGCCAGGCGGAGGUGACAUCUCUGCGGCAGGAGACUGCAGCCCAGGCGGCUUUGCUGACCGAGCGGGGGAACCGGCUCCAUGCACUCGAGAUGGAGCGCCGGCGGCUACACAACCAGCUGCUGGAGCUCAAAGGCAACAUCCGCGUGUUCUGCCGGGUCCGGCCGGUCCUGCCAGGGGAGCUCACCCCACUCCCUGGCUUCCUCCAGUUCCCCUCUGGUGGGCCCUCCGAUACCCCCACUCGCGUGAGCCUCUCCCGGGCGGAUGAACGGCGUUCAACCCUGAGUGGGGUGCCGGCCCCCAUUGCCCGCCAUGACUUCUCCUUCGACCGGGUGUUCCCGCCUGGCAGUGGGCAGGAUGAAGUGUUUGAGGAGAUCGCUAUGCUUGUCCAGUCGGCCCUGGACGGCUACCCCGUGUGCAUCUUCGCCUAUGGCCAGACGGGCAGCGGCAAGACCUUCACGAUGGAGGGGGGCCCUGGGGGAGACCCCCAGGUGGAGGGGCUGAUCCCUCGGGCCAUGCGGCACCUCUUCUCUGUGGCCCAGGAGAUGGGUGGCCAGGGCUGGACCUAUAGGUUUGUGGCAAGCUAUGUGGAGAUCUACAAUGAGACUGUCCGAGACCUGCUGGCCACCGGCUGCCGGAAGGGCCAGGCAGGCGAGUGCGAGAUCCGCCGGACAGGGCCGGGGAGUGAGGAGCUCAUGGUCACCAACGCCCGCUAUGUCCCAGUCUCCUGUGAGAGAGAGGUGGAGGCCCUGAUCCAGCUGGCCCGCCAGAACCGGGCCGUGGCCCGCACAGCCCAGAACGAGCGGUCCUCCCGCAGCCACAGUGUGUUCCAGCUACAGAUCACUGGGGAGCAUGCUGCACGUGGCCUCCAGUGUGGUGCCCCCCUUAGCCUUGUGGACCUGGCGGGGAGCGAGCGGCUAGAUCCGGCCAUAUCCCUGGGCCCUGGGGAGCGGGAGCGCCUUCGGGAGACUCAGGCCAUUAACAGCAGCCUGUCCACACUGGGGCUGGUCAUCAUGGCCUUGAGCAACAAGGAGUCCCACGUGCCUUACCGGAACAGCAAGCUCACCUACCUGCUGCAAAAUUCUCUGGGCGGUAGUGCUAAGAUGCUCAUGUUUGUGAACAUUUCUCCGCUAGAGGAGAACUUCUCAGAAUCCCUCAACUCUCUGCGCUUUGCUUCCAAGGUGAACCAGUGCGUUAUUGGGACUGCCCAGGCCAACAAGAAAUGAAGCCGGAUCUGGAUCCCGAGUGUGG